UCCCUCCCUGGGCUCGGGGAACAUUCCAUUCAUUCCGCGGCCGGCCGUGGCCGGAGCCAAAGCCGGAGCCAAAGCCGAGAGGGGCCGGGGGUCGCGGCGGCGGCGACGCGGGGACGCGGUGCAGGGGCAAUGGCGCUGCAGCUCUGGGCCCUGGCCCUCCUGGGCCUGGCAGGCUCGGGCGCGGGUCUGCGGCCCCGCAAGCUAGACUUCUUCCGCAGCGAGACAGAGCUGAGCCACCUGGUGGUGGACGAGGCGUCGGGCAUGGUGUAUGUGGGUGCGGUGAACACGCUCUACCAGCUGAGUGCCGGCCUGCAGCUGGAGCAGCGGGCGGCCACGGGCCCGGCCCUGGACAACAAGAAGUGCACGCCUCCCAUCGAGGUGAGCCAGUGCCACGAGGCCGUGCUGACUGACAACGUCAACCAGCUGCUGCUGCUGGACCCUCCCCGGAGCCGCCUGGUGGAGUGCGGCAGCCUCUUCAAGGGCAUCUGCGCGCUGCGCGCCCUGGGCAACAUCUCCAUGCGCCUCUUCUACGAAGAUGGCAGCGGCGAGAAGUCCUUUGUGGCCAGCAAUGAUGAGAGUGUGGCAACCGUGGGCCUGGUGAGCGCCGCGGACCCUGGCGGUGAGCGCCUGCUGUUCGUGGGCAAGGGCAACGGGCCGCACGACAACGGGGUCAUUGUGAGCACCCGCCUCCUGGACCGGACCGAGGGCCGGGAGGCCUUCGAGGCCUACACGGACCACGCCACCUACAAGGCCGGCUACAUGUCCUCCAACACGCAGCAGUUCGUGGCCGCCUUUGAGGACGGCCCCUACGUCUUCUUCGUCUUCAACCAGCAGGACAAGCACCCCUCCCGGAACCGCACGCUGCUGGCACGCAUGUGCAAGCAAGACCCUUUCUACUACUCCUACCUGGAGAUGGACCUGCGCUGCCUGGACGCCGGUGACGCCCAGGCCCCCGCCUUCGGCACCUGCCUGGCGGCCUCGGUGGACCGGCCGGGCUCCGGUGGGGUGCUGUACGCCGUCUUCAGCACGGACGGCCGGGGCGGCAGGGGGCCUCGGACCGGCCUCUGCCUGUUCCCACUGGGCGAGGUCCACCGCAGGAUGGAGGCCAACCGCGAUGCCUGCUACACGGGCGCACGAGAGGUGGCCCGCGACACUUUCUACAAGCCCUUCCACGGCGACAUCCAGUGUGGUGGACACGGGCCGGGUGCCAGCGAGAGUUUCCUGUGUGGCUCGGAACACUUGCCCUACCCACUGGGCAGCCACGAUGGCCUCUCGGCCAAGGCCGUGCUGCACCGUGGAGGCCUGAACCUGACGGCCGUGACCGUGACCACCGAGAACGGCCACACCAUCGCCUUUCUGGGCACCUCGGAUGGCCGGGUCCUCAAGGUGUACUUUGCCCCGGAUGGCAGCUCCACGGAGUACGGCGCCGUCCUCGUGGAGAUCAACAAGAGGAUCAAGAGAGACCUGGUGCUGGCCGCAGACCAGGCCAGCCUGUACGCCAUGACCCAGGACAAGGUGUUCCGGCUUCUCGUGCAGGAGUGUGCGAGCUUCUCCAGCUGCGCUCACUGCCACAGCUCACAGGACCCCUACUGCGGCUGGUGCGUCUUAGAGGGCCGCUGCACCAGGAAGGCGGAGUGCCCCCGGGCGGACGAGAGCGGCCACUGGCUGUGGAGCCGCAACGAGUCCUGCGUGGCCAUCACCGGGGCCCAGCCGCAGAACAUGAGCCGCCAGGCCCAGGGGGAGGUGCAGCUGACUGUCAGCCCCCUCCCGGCUUUGAGUGACGACGACGUGCUGCUGUGCCUCUUUGGAGGAUCGCCACCUCACCCCGCACGGCUGCAGGAGGGCACCGUGGUCUGCAACUCGCCGAGCAGGAGCAGCCUCCCUCGCACGCCGCCUGGCCAGGAUCAUGUGGCCGUAACCAUCCGGCUCCACUUCAAACGCGGCAACGUCUUCCUGACCUCCCACCAGUAUCCCUUCUACGACUGCCGGGAGGCCAUGAGCCUGCAGGAGAACCUGCCGUGCAUCUCCUGCUCCAGCAAUCGCUGGACCUGCCAGUGGGCACUGCUCGAGCACGCAUGUCAGCAGGCCUCUCCAGGCCCCGAGGACGGCGUCGUUGGCGCCCACAUGGAGGACGACUGCCCCCAGUUCCUGAACCCCAGCCCACUGGUCAUCCCCGUGAACCACGAGACGGAUGUGACCUUCCAGGGCAAGAACCUGGACACAGUGCAGGGCUCCCCACUGCUUGUGGGCAGUGACCUCCUCAAGUUUGAGGCGUCGGUCAGCACCCAGGAGCCAGGAACCUUCUCCUUUCGGACCCCAAAGCUGACCCACGACGCCAACGAGACACUGCCCCUGCACCUGUACGUCAAGUCCUCUGGCAAGAAUGUUGACAGCCGGCUCCAAGUGACCCUCUACAACUGCUCCUUUGGCCGCAGCGACUGCAGCCUGUGCCUGGCCGCUGACCCCUACCGCUGCGUGUGGUGCAGCGGGCAGAGCCACUGUGUGUACGAGGCCCUGUGCAGCAACGCCACCUCCGAGUGCCCGCCGCCCGUCGUCACCAGGAUCCAGCCUGAGACCGGUCCACUGGGCGGAGGCAUCCGCGUCACCAUCCUUGGGUCAAACCUGGGGGUCAGAGCAGACGACGUGAAGAGGGUCACCGUGGCUGGCCAGAACUGUGCCUUUGAGCCAGAACGGUACUCCGUGUCCACGCGGAUUGUGUGCACCAUCGAGGCUGCAGAGGCACCCUUGACAGGCGGUGUCGAGGUGGACAUCAACGGAAAGCUCGGCCAUUCACCUCCCCAUGCCCAGUUCACCUACCAGCAGCCCCAGCCCCGCAGUGUGGAGCCCAAGCAGGGGCCGCAGGCAGGCGGCACCACGCUGACCAUCAGUGGCACCCACCUGGACACAGGCUCUGAGGAAGACGUGAGAGUGACCCUCAAUGGCGUCCCUUGUAACGUGACACAGUUUGGGGCCCAGCUUCAGUGUGUCACUGGCCCCCAGGCGGUUCCGGGAGAGCUGGCCCUGAAGAUUUACUAUGGGGGCUCCGAAGUGCCCAGCCCUGGUAUCACCUUCACCUACCGUGAGAAUCCAGUACUGCGGGCCUUCGAGCCACUGCGGAGCUUUGUCAGUGGUGGCCGCAGCAUCAACGUCACAGGACAGGGUUUCAGCCUGAUCCAGAGGUUCGCCAUGGUCGUCAUAGCUGAGCCGUUGCAGUCCUGGAGGCAGCGGCGGGAGACCGGACCACUGCAUUCUGUGACGGUCGUGGGCACGGAGUACGUGUUCCACAACGACUCCAAGGUCGUGUUCCUGUCCCCGGCCGUCCCCGAGGAGCCCGAGGCCUACAACCUCACCGCGCUCAUCCGGAUGGACGGGCACCAGGCCCUGCUCAGGACGGAGGCUGGUGCCUUUGAGUACGUUCCGACCCCCACCUUCGAGAACUUCACCGGGGGUGUCAAGAAGCAAGUCAACAAGCUCAUUCACGCGAGGGGCACCAACCUGAACAAGGCCAUGACCAUUCACGAGGCUGAAGCCUUUGUGGGUGCCGAGCGCUGCAUCAUGAAGACGCUGACGGAGACGGACCUGUACUGCGAGCCCCCGGAGGUGCAGCCCCCUCCCAAGCGGAGGCAGAAGCGAGACACGGCCCACAACCUGCCGGAGUUCAUUGUGAAGUUUGGCUCACGGGAGUGGGUGCUGGGCCGAGUAGAGUACGACACGCGCGCGAGUGACGUGCCCCUCAGCCUCAUCCUGCCGCUGGUCAUCGGGCCCAUGGUGGCUGUCAUUGCUGUAUCUGUCUACUGCUACUGGAGGAAGAGCCAGCAGGCAGAGCGCGAGUACGAGAAGAUCAAGUCCCAGCUGGAGGGCCUGGAGGAAAGUGUGCGGGACCGCUGCAAAAAGGAGUUCACCG